AUGGCUCGGGGUACAGAUUCACACCGUAUCUCUGUUCCUUAUACGAGCAGAGAACACUCCAAUUUUCUUCCUGUGCUAUUGGAGCAUUUGGAAAGCACAGAGUCGGCCCAUGAAGUGCCCACUAGAGUCACGCGGCCAGCUUGUGCUGCUCCUAACAGAAACAAAGUGGUAGUACUUUGCAUGCUAGGAGUUGUGGCCCUGACAGUGAGCUUUUUCCGCAUCUGCUACGAGUGGAGAGGGCGUAAGGAUGUGCGGCGUCUGUCAAGUAAGUUUCCUGUGGGCGAAAGCGAUCCAGAAUUAUCGAACAUCCUGGAUAUGUGCCUGGAUAUGGAAGAGGCCAAUCAAAACGUUUCCCCAACACCGGAGCCAGUGCCGCAGACGCAGCCAAUUGGCGACGAGCCUUCACGAUCGACAUUGCAGCACCAGCACAGCCAGCACUCACUACCAAAUGACUCAAUGCCAGAAGACGAGUAUUUUAUUCCCCAAACUCCCACAAGUUUUCUUCAGCUCCUUAAGGAACCGCUAGAAAAUUCUGUCUCGGGGUAUUUUCGUUCCAAAGAGACGCCUGCUGAGGAAUACCCAGCGAGAAGUACUCCUGAAGGCCUUUCACCCAUUCGCCUCCAGGCGAAGUCCAAAGUUGUGGAAGUUCAGGUCCACUUGUCCGUGGAAUCUACUCAACCACCCAGGAGCGAUCUCCGUUUCCAUCGACUCGACCUGGCUCAGGCCAUGCGCACCAAGCCACCCAUUCGCCUCCAGGCGAAGUCCAAAGUUAUGCAAGUUCAGGUCCACUUGCCCGUGGAAUCUACUGUUGGUGGGUCCUCGUUAGAGGCAAAGGUAGCUGAGCUGGACCGAGUCCGGUACGCGUGGUUCGGUAGGUAA